AUGCGUUUCUCUAUCGCCGCUCUCGCUGCCGUUGCCGUUGGCGCUGUCGCCUCCGAUGUCACCACUGAGGUUCUCACCCAGUACACUACCUACUGCCCUGAGGCCACCUCCGUGGUGCACGGUAGCCACACCUACAGCAUCUCGACCCCCGGUCACAUCACCAUGACCAACGGUCCCUACACCGUCACCCGUCCCCUCGUGACCUCGACCGUGACCCAGUGCAACAGCUGCUCCUCCUCCACCCCCUUGGCCAGCAGCAGCAGCAUCCCCGUCGUGCCCAGCGUCGCCACCUCCACCCCUCUGGUCCCCAACGCCGGUGCCACCGGCUCCCCCUCCCCCUCCCAGCCCGCCUUCAACGCCGGUGCCAUCAACGCCGCCACCGGCGCUGGUGCCGGUCUGGCUGCUGUCUUCGGUGCCGUUGCCCUCCUGCUGUAA